GUCUACGCGGUGUGCCUUAACAUGGAGGUGCUCUCAAGUCAUUCCCAAUCCACAGGUCAUGCACGCAAAUGCAAAUGUCACAGUGUUUCUGUCGGCCAGUCAGUCCCACCCUCACUCAUCCCGAUGCCGUAUAGAGCUUGCUGUACGUGGCACCCUGGGGCCGAUGCAGCGCCUUGGAGGGCUGCCUUAUGUCCUCGGCCGCCUUGCCGUCGACCACAGGCAGCCGCUGGUCUGAUGCGUGCAGGGCUGACCGGGCAAUGGCACGCGUGGGAGCCUUGAUGGUCGACAGGUCGGGCGAGGUCUUGAGCGGAUCAGACACCAGGUGGGCCACGUGCUGGUUCGCCCUACCAUACGUGGUGUCGAAACGGCCUCGCAACACGUCAUCACCUACAACAGGUCACACAUACACACAUACACACAUGCAUCCUGCACACGCCGUCGUGGUUUCUCCUUCACGGCCUGCCUGCAUCAGCUUACUCUCAGCCUGCCGCUGUGCAGCCUUGAGCGCCCUCAACUGGCCCUCCGUGACCCGCACGCCAUCAGGAUUGCUGAUGCCCCCGGUGAAGGAGUCAGUCGCCGUCUUGAACUCGCGAUGCUCAAAGUCGAUGUCCGGCUUGCCGUGUCCCAGCAGCAGACGCCUGUCGACGCUCGACCGUGCGGCGGGCCGACUGGAUGGCGCCGCGGCCACCAUAAUGGAGGCCAGCGAGGGUGCGCCGACAGCGCUCUGGGGAAGAACAGGCCUUGGCGGACGGGCAGCCGUCUCAAUCUCGUCACGUCUGAACCGAACACAGCGGAGGUAUGAGAGGAUGGGACGAUGCAGGAGAGAGAAUGCCAUGUUUGUUACUUGUUGCGAAGGGCAGCGAUAGUGCUGUCAUGCUCCCGCCUGUGUGCCUUCCUGAGGGCGGCACACGGGAAGCGACGCAAAAGCCGUCUCCUGGAUGAGUGGAUGCGAUUUGAGUGGCUGACUCACCAGUGGAAUGCCUCGGCGUAUGUGGAGACGGGGAGGGGAGGAGGGGCACGCCGCUUGCUCAGAAGCUCCAUUCCUGCAUGGAAUUAAGGAAGCGAGAUGAGAAAGGAACACGGCAGUGAGACCGACGGUCAUUCUGUGGGCCGUCUUGUGUGACUGAAAGGUACCGAAUCUGUCCUCAUUAUAGUUUCCGAUGAGAACCCCUGUUCGAUACAUGGCCAGCAACACCUGAGCAAGCACCUGAAAGACACACAGAGAGGCCGCAGAGAGGCCAGAGCUCCCUACCCUGCCCGUCCGUCGUUUGUGUCACCGAUUGAAGAAGUUACGGUGCAAAGAGGCGGGGAUUUUGCUUCGGGUGGCUUGUGGGCUGUGCUUCCUCGCAGCCCCUUUGGGAUUUCGCGAGAUGCGAAUACCCGGCAGAUCGCCGAAGGUGCGAGCCUUUCGAAUGAGGAGGAGCGAAGAGCGAAGCGGGGGUGCGCGUGAGUGGUGGGUGUGCUUCUCUGGUUCCCGAUUGUGGUGUGUGCAUCUUGAGUAAGGUUCGCAUCUUGAUUCGGCUCCUGCGGAUCAACGGGAGGACUGUAGCGCCGUGUUUGUCUUGUCAGAGGUGAGGAGGGCUCUGAAACACGACAAACAU